GCCCUGUCUCGUCCGCGCUGCCUCGCCAUGGUCGCGCUGCCCGGCGCCGCGGCCCCGCGGCUACUGCUCCUGCCUGGCCAGGCGCCCGAGCCUGCGGGUCCCGCGCCCGGCCAUUCGCUCUCUGUUGYGCUCCCGGCAGGGGCGGCCUCGGGCGCGGAGGCGACGCAGCCGGCGCGCAAGCGGCAGCGCCUCACCCAUCUGAGUCCGGAGGAGAAGGCGCUGCGAAGGAAGCUGAAGAACCGCGUGGCGGCCCAGAGCGCGCGCGACAGGAAGAAGGCGCGGAUGUCGGAGCUGGAGCAGCAGGUGCUGGAGCUUGAGGAGGAGAAUCAGAAGCUGCUGCUGGAAAAUCAGCUCCUGCGGGAGAAGAUGUGCGGUCUUUCCCUGGAGAACCAGGAGCUUCGCUGCCGCCUGGGCUUGGAUGCGCUGAAGGCAGAGAGCCAGAGCAAGCCCCAGGUGUUGAAGGAAUCUCAGGUGGAUGAGAUCAAGUUGGUGACCGGGUCCGCUGAGUCCGCAGCACUCAGACUACGUGUUCCUCUGCAGCAGGUACAGGCCCAGCAGUCACCAGUUCUGACAGCUUCCACAUGGAUUCUGAUGGCAAUGAUUCUUCAGACUCUGAGUCUGAUCUCCUGUUGGGCUUUCUGGAUGGUUUGGACCCAGAGAUGUUUCUCAAAUAUGCUGAUUCAGAGUCUACAUGCCUGGAAAAGCUGGAGGAAGAUAUCUGCAGAGAAACAAAUUCCGUACCAACCUCCCCUUCUCCAUCUUUGGGGUCCCCAUCAGCUAAGUUGGAGGCCAUUAAUGAACUGAUAAGGUUUGAUCAUGUAUACACAAAGCCCCUAAUAUUAGAGAUUCCUGUUAAAAUGGAGAUUCCUGUUAAAAUAGACAAUCAAGCUAAUAUGCUAGUGAAAAUAGAGGAAGUAUCUCUCUCCCAAUCUGAAGAUAAAGCUAUUCCUGAGACCUCUGUGUCUGUGAAGGAGGAACCUGUAGACGGCUUCAUGCCUGAACUGGGCAUCUGUCAUCUGUUUUCCUCCCAUCCCAGCCUUGCAGCCUCAAGUUACCUGUUGGAUGCCUGUAGUGACUCUGGAUAUGAAGGAUCCCCAUCACCCUUCAGUGACAUGUCCUCUCCACUUGACAGUGACCGUACUUGGGAGGAUAGUUUUGCAAAUGAACUCUUUCCUCAAUUGAUCA